UUGCAAAGCCGUCGCUGUCCAGUAUUAGAAUGAGAAUCGUCAGCAGAAACUGAACUCCACGUGAUGAUCCGAAGACCUUAACACGUAUCGGGUUACAUACAGCGUCAAUCACAGCUCACGUCUCAAGCUAAAGUUUUGAACUUUAUUAGGAACUUUCUUGGGUUCUCUAUGGCGUGACGAGAGUUCGAAACGAUCGCACGACAGCAUCGGUGGCAGGUAUCCUCUUAGCGCGGCGGGUGAGGCGAAGUACUUCACGAAACCGAGUAUAUUUCUGUCUCGUCAAAACUUUUCCAGAGAGAGAAUCGUCAAGAGGCAGUAGGAUUCGCCGUGCCCAGAGCCCGAAAGGGGAGAGACAGAGUAGAACAGAGCAAGGAUGUGCGGCGAAGACGGUUGCAGACCCCUGGGGUUCCUUCUUGGCCUUCCCUUCGCCUUUCUCGCUCUCCUAGUCUCCAUCGUCGGCAUCAUCGUCUGGAUCGUCGGGUUGCUGUUGACUCUGAUAUGCCCCUGCUGCUUCUGCGUGACCCUGGUGGUGGAGUUCGCUCUGGAGCUGAUCAAAGCCCCCCUUCACGUCAUGGAAUGGUUCACUUCUCAGAUACCCUGUUGAUCAUUGCCAACCACAAAUUUGAUGAGUCGUUUCAGCUUUUUCAGAGCUGUCUGGUCUUCUCCUCUUUACUGUACGUGGAUUUCACGGCAUGUCUGUGUGAUGUAACGCCGAUUGUUGGGGUUUGAAUGUAAUGGGAAAAAGAGGGAAUCCGAUCUUCUAC